AUGCUCAACAGAUCAAUACAAAGGGCUUCUUUGAAAGCUUGGAAGACUCAAAAGGGUGCAUUUGUGAGAAGCUUCAUGGCCAGCUCCAAGUUGCGAGAAAGUGAAUACGAUGCAUAUGUGCCAAAGAGGGAACCUGGAAUAAAGAUCCCAGUUCAUCAAGAAUUAAACAAUCCAUUAGGAAGUUAUACACCAACUAGAAUUACUGAAGAGUUGAAGAUUGAGAGUGAAGACACGAAAGCGGUUGGUAGUCAAAACUCCAAAAUUAGACAUUUCACGGUGAAUUUUGGACCUCAACAUCCUGCAGCUCAUGGUGUUUUAAGAUUAAUCUUGGAAUUGCAAGGUGAGGAAAUCAUUAGAGCUGAUCCUCAUAUAGGUCUAUUACAUAGAGCUACUGAAAAAUUGAUUGAAAGUAAAACUUAUUUACAAGCAUUACCAUAUUUUGAUCGUUUAGAUUAUGUUUCUAUGAUGACCAAUGAAUUAUCAUUUGCUAUUGCAACUGAGAAAUUGUUAAAUGUUGAAUUACCAUUGAGAGCAAAAUAUAUUAGAACGUUAUUUGGUGAAAUUACAAGAAUCUUGAAUCAUUUAAUGUCUGUCUUGUCACAUGCUAUGGAUGUUGGUGCUUUAACACCAUUCUUAUGGGGGUUUGAAGAACGUGAAAAAUUGAUGGAAUUUUAUGAAAGAGUAUCAGGUGCAAGAUUACACGCUGCUUAUUUCAGACCUGGUGGUGUAUCACAAGAUCUUCCAGAAGGGUUAUUAGAUGAUAUCUAUAUGUGGGCUACACAAUUUGGUGAUCGUAUUGAUGAAACUGAAGAAUUGCUUACAGAUAACAGAAUUUGGAAACAAAGAACAAUAGGAGUUGGUAUAUUGACUGCAGAAGAUGCUCAAAAUUAUGGUUGCUCAGGUGUUAUGUUGAGAGGUUCAGGUGUUCCUUAUGAUAUCAGAAAAGCUCAACCUUAUGAUGCUUAUGAUAGAGUUGAAUUUGAUAUUCCAGUAGGUACAAAUGGUGAUUGUUAUGAUCGUUAUUUGGUUCGUAUGGCAGAAUUCAGACAAUCAUUAAGAAUCAUUGAACAAUGUUGUAAUGAUAUGCCACCUGGUGCCGUUAAAGUUGAAGAUUAUAAGAUUUCACCACCACCAAGAAGUUUAAUGAAAGAAGAUAUGGAGGCUUUAAUUCAUCAUUUCUUAUUAUUCACCAAAGGUUAUGCCGUUCCACAAGGUGAAGCUUAUGUUCCAAUUGAAGCACCAAAGGGUGAAAUGGGUGUUUAUUUGGUUAGUGAUGGGUCCGAAAGACCAUAUAAGUGUAAAAUUAGAGCCCCUGGAUUUGCCCAUUUAGCUGCUUUCGAUCAUGUUGCUAGAGGUAAUUUGUUAGCUGAUGCUGUUGCUAUUAUUGGUACUAUGGAUUUGGUCUUUGGUGAAGUUGAUCGUUAG